CGCUGUGGGUGAAGGUCCAGAAGAGCCAGCAGCGCACAGGGCCGGCCUGCUCCGGAGGGCUGCUUGCUUUGUUGGGGCGGUCCCACAGGCAGACCAUGGGCCUCAGGUUUUCUCGGAAUUUGGCAGCAGACACCAGGGAGCACCAGCAGCCCCCCUUCUCCAUCUGUGUUAGGUCUCCGGAAGGCAGAGUUUCUUCUGUGUCUGUGCGUUUGGAUGACACAGUGGAAGGGCUAAAGGCUAGGCUGUCACCCGCUCCUGAUGAGAUAAGGCUGAUUUAUGCAGGCAGACAGAUGGAGGACGGCAAGCGCCUGCGGGACUAUCAAAUAACUUCCUACUGCCUUAUACAUGUAUUACGAAGAUUGCGUGGUGGUGGUAGUGUGGAGCCCUCUGAAAGUCAUGUUUAUUCAGGCAUAGCAGCAGAAAAAACGGUCCUUCCUGGACCUCUGACAGACGAUGCCUCAGGGAAUGCAGAGGAAAGCACGAAAGAGCUGCAGCUGGACUCUUCACCAGAGGAAAGCUGCCCGCACUGUGUGAGGGAGGUAAGGGCUCUCCAGCCACAGCCAUGCCGUAAGUGCCAGCUUUACCAUUCCUUGCAAGGCACUGUCUCACUCAAAGAAAGUGGCGCAGCAGUAAGACUGGGGCUGACCUCAACAGUAAUGUGGGAAGUUUAAUAUACCUUCAUAACCUGUUAUUCACUGUAAUUCUUCAGCCUGCAGAAGUAUCCAAUCCCUUUUGUUAUGCUAACUCAGCAUGCAUUGUCCCAGUUUUCAAGUUCAUCAGUCAAAAGACAAUUUCCACUCACUUACAUCCAGAAUUUAUUUUCUCUGCUAAAUAUUUUGUCUGUCUAUGGCCAUUGUUUUCUCUCUGCUGAUAAACUAUGGCAGAAAAGGAGUAGCCCAGGAUUUACUCAUGAGCAAGACAGCAGCCAACAAAAUUUUUUCUCUCAAGAAAAAAGAAAAGUUGCUAUCUGGAAUUCCCUUGUUUGCAAAAUACAACUUAAAAAUCUGUGUGUAAAAACGUAGUUGUGGGGCUAUAGGAACUGCUUUGCAUAUCCACUCAUUAUCCUUCCUAUUGAUGCAUGGGGGGAAAAUUGGUGUCUUCCCAUCCCUAAGCGUGUUCUGUUGCUGACAGCAGUGUUUAGUCCUCCUUGCAGUGGCUUGUGCACAGGAUUUCUCUUGCACACCUUGCCUUUAUCAUAGCAAUGGGUAUCCCCUUUAAAGGGCU